GCUCCCAAAAUACUUCCUUCUCUUCUCACUUUCACAGCUUCCCCGUCCUCCUUACCACCUCCCCCAAUAUCCCCACUGCAGUCUAACCAUUCUUUGCGAGUCUGUCACUAUCUCAUACACGGUUGCCUCCCACAUCAUACUACAGCUCCAGCAUCGGCCGAAAUCCACUUCUGCUGUAGAACUUUCAACACCUACACAAAGAAACCAACAGCUUCCUUGUUUCCAUCACCCGCCAAACAAACGAACCGAAACUCAGUAUUGCACCCUACUCCAUUCAAAUGUCCCAGUCUUCCAUGCGAACCGUAGUUGUCCUGGGUACCUCAUAUGGAGGUUGCCAUGCGUCCAAAAUGCUGGCAGAAGAGCUCCCUCCCAAUUGGAGGCUGAUCGCCAUUGACAGGAACUCACAUUUCAACCACGUCUAUGCCUUUCCUCGAUUUACUGUUAUGUCUCAGCAUGCUCCAAAGGGCUUCAUUCCUUACAAACGCAUGCUUGAGCCUCAACCAAAGGCAUCAUCCGACCCCCUCACCCCCCCGCAGACCCCUCCCGCCGAGUCAGCUACUCUACCGGAUGAGUUUGCUGCCCGCUCCCGACACCAAUUCAUCCAGGCCUGCGUUACCAAGCUCACUUCUCGAGAGGUAACAUUCAUUCGACCUACUCAACAAGCCAGCUCUAGCAAUUCCACCGCCGAAAACAUGACCUAUGGCGAGUUUGAUGGGGUUGAAGAGACUAUCAAAUUUGAUUAUCUCCUCUAUGCUCUUGGCAGUACGCUUCCAGAUCCUGUCAACGUAUGGCAGCCGAUUGAUGAGGGUGCGGUCGACGAGGAAAGAAAGCCGGGAACGAAGAAGCGUGGAUUGCGGUUCAUGAAAUUGCAAAUGGAGAAGUUCAAGCAAGCCGAUCGUAUCUUGAUCGUCGGCGGCGGUGCUCUUGGCAUUGAAUAUGCAAGUGACUUGAAGGACUUGUAUCCAGAGAAGAAAAUUACUUUGUUGCAUUCCCGGUCAAGGGUGAUGCCUCUGUAUCCUCUUGAGCUUCACAUGAUCAUCAUUGAGGCGCUUACAAAAAUGGGUGUGGAGGUUGUCCUCGGUGAGCGAGUGGUGACUUGGCCUGAUGAGCCAGAAACACUCGACGGUAAAACCAAAUACGUCACCACGGACAAAGGUCGAACGUUCGAAGCCGACAUAGUCCUGCCCUGUACUGGUCAGAAACCCCACGUUUCUCUUAUGGCUGAAGUCAACCCAGCCCUCAUUUCCCCCACCACUUCCCGUAUCCGCGUACUGCCCACUCAGCAGGUUCAUCCUGGGCCCAUUCCUCCAGCUAAAGUUGAGUCCGCGGCCGAUCAACUUGCACAGCUUUCUCUUGGUCCAGCUCCAAUCACCCCACCGGUUUCCGAUGUGGGCUCGUUUGAGACCUCCAGUGGUAUUGGACAUAACGAAGUUGUUCAAGGGGAGGAUUAUAGCCACAUCUUUGCUAUUGGAGAUUGUGCCGAGACAAAGGCUAUCCAAGCGGGCCACACCGCGUAUUGGAUGGGUGAGGUCGCCGUGAGGAAUAUUUUGAGGUUGAUCGCGAAGGAAGAAGGCGGAGAGAAGAAGGAUGAGCCUUUAGAGGAUUAUAAGCCCGGGCCUCCUGCGAUCAAGAUUACUCUCGGUAUUAGCAAUGCAGUUGUAGCUAACGGUAAUGGCGUCACCACCAACAAUGAUGGUGUUGAGGAUAUGCAUUCUCUGGUCAUGUGGCCAACUUGCAACGCUGAGGGAAUGGAUAUCAACGAAUAAUUAAUAAUCCUUGGGUUGACCUCAUUGAGUGUAACCCCUAUAAUAUGGAUAUCGCUGUGUAGCAAAUCACAUAGGCUAAGCGCGUCCUUCACAGAACUUGUGGCUGGCAGAAAUCCUUCUCUGACGUCUGCUCAUAAUGAGUACGAGUACUGCAAAGAACAUUAAGGCGAUAUAGGCUGAUGCUCGAGUGACUGAUGC